AUGGCGAUUUUUGAUAUUUUCUUAGGAACAACCAAUGUAGCAUUCUUUUAUGUUAUUUUGAUAUGGGUUUUGUUUGAUAGUUUGAAACAAACCAAAAGUAACCAUCUUUCACAUUUAAAACACAGACCCAAGUUUUUUACUUAUGUCACUGUUCUUUUCAGUGCUGUUGUUACUAUUUUGAACGUGGCUUUUGGUUUCUACAAGUACUCUUACACCAAUAAUGGAUUAUUCAUAGGAUUUGAUUUUGUUUCUUUGGCUUUAACAUGGGUUUUAGCUACUUUGGUUUCGUUCUAUUCAAUGAAGAAACCGGUUAUAGAGAGUAAAAGAUUCCCUUUUGUUCUUAUUCUUUGGUGGGUUUUUGUCACUGUUGUUGAUGCAAUCUUACUGUCGUUGAAACUUGUGAAAAGUUAUGAAUCCUUCAACUUGAAGAUUUUGUUGUUGGAGGAUAACAUAGUUGAUGCGGUUUCUUUGCCUAUGUUGUUAGUUCUGUGUUUCAAUGCAGUUUCGAGUGUGUGUGUAAGAGAACAAAGUGAGAUAGAACAAAGGUUACUUCAGAAUGAGAUUGAAUCUUCUAGUUUGGGGGAUGAAGAUGAAGAUGAAGAGGCUUUUAUAAAAGCUGGUUUAUGGAGCAAACUUACUUUUAGGUGGCUGAAUCCUAUUUUUGAAAUGGGUCGGAUUCAGAAACUUGAACAUGUUCAUGUUCCUUCUGUACCUCACUCUGAAACUGCUGCUACUGCUUCUUCUAUGUUGGAACAAUCUAUUAGGAAACAGAAACUUCAAGGUGGUUCUUUGACAAAAGCUAUUUUCCUUUCUUUUUGGAAAUCCUUAGCCUUAAAUGCUAUUUUAGCAGGUGUUAAUACAAUUGCCUCUUAUAUCGGUCCAUUAUUGAUAUCAAACUUUGUGAAUUUUCUGUUGUCUAAUAAUGAUAACUCAAGCACCAAAUAUGGAAUGAUUCUUGCCUUUAUUUUCUUCCUCUCAAAAACUAUUGAGUCACUGAGUCAAAGACAAUGGUACUUUGGUGCUCAAAGAAUUGGAAUUCAAGUGCGUGCAGCACUUAUGGCUUUAGUCUAUAGCAAGUCACUAAUGAUUAAAUGUGGUGGACCAACACAUGGUAAAGUCAUCAACUUGAUUAAUGUUGAUGUCGAAAGAAUCGGUGAUUUUUGUUGGUAUGUUCAUGGAGUUUGGCUUCUUCCAGUUCAGAUUAUUUUGGCUUUGGUGAUCUUAUACAUAAAUUUGGGUUACACGCCUUCCAUUGCCGCACUUUCUGUUACCAUUUUGGUUAUGGUUUGUAACACUCCUUUGGCCAAUAUGCAAGAAGGUUUACACUCUAAGAUAAUGGAAGCUAAAGAUUCGAGAAUCAAAAUGACUUCGGAGACUAUGAAGAAUAUUAGAAUUUUAAAGUUGCAUUCGUGGGAAUCUACAUUUCUGCAGAAACUUUUCCAGCUUAGGGAUAUAGAGAGGAAUUGGUUACAGAAAUAUCUCUACUUGUGCUCAGCGGUAGCCACUCUAUUUUGGGCGUCUCCGACUUUUGUUUCUGUUUUCACUUUCGGUGCUUGUAUAUUGGUGAAAACCGAACUAACUGCAGCGACGGUUCUAUCGGCUCUGGCAACGUUUCGUAUAUUGCAAGAACCAAUUUACAAUUUGCCUGAACUUAUUUCCAUGAUAACUCAAACAAAAGUUUCGGUUGAUCGAAUUCAGGAGUUCAUACAGGAAGAGGAUCAAAAUCAGUUCACGAAUAAGCAUGCUUCCAAAACUUCAACGAUUGCUGUUGAAGUAAAGCCGGGAGAAUAUGCAUGGGAAGAAAAUGAUCAAAUUCUCAAGAAACCAACAAUUCAUAUUGUGGAAAAAUUAAUUAUAAACAAAGGUCAAAAGGUAGCGGUUUGCGGGCCGGUAGGGUCUGGAAAAUCGAGCUUGCUUUGUAGUAUGCUUGGCGAGAUUUCGUUGAUUUCUGGUGCAGCAACUAAAGUUUAUGGGACUAGAAGCUAUGUACCGCAAAGUCCAUGGAUUCAAUCUGGAACUAUAAGAGAGAAUAUUUUGUUUGGGAAGGAAAUGAAUAAGGACUUUUACGACAAUGUUGUAGAUUGUUGUGCAUUGCUCCAGGAUAUCAACUUAUGGAGUGAUGGAGAUUUGAACAUGGUGGAGGAGAGGGGAAUAAAUUUAAGCGGAGGACAAAAACAGCGAAUUCAAUUGGCAAGGGCUGUUUACAAUGACUCGGAUGUUUAUUUCCUCGACGAUCCUUUUAGCGCUGUUGAUGCUCAUACCGGAAGUCAUUUGUUUAAGGAAUGUCUUAUGAAACUUUUAUACGAUAAAACUGUUGUUUAUGCUACACAUCAACUAGAAUUCUUGGAAGCGGCUGAUCUUAUUUUGGUAAUGAAAGAUGGAAAAAUAGCGGAGUUUGGAAAGUAUAGAGAUCUCAUCGCAUGUCCGAAUAGUGAAUUUGUCCAACAAAUGGCUGCUCAUGAAGAAACAGUAAGCCAAAUUCCGAGCCAGAAAGAUGAUUUUGCUAGCUGCAGACCUUGCCAAAAAAAUCGAACUGAAAUUGCCGAAGAAAAUAUUCAAGAGAUUAUGAUGGAUUGGAAGAGAACCAGAGAAGAGGAAGCAAUGACUGGUCGAGUAAAAUGGAGUGUUUACUCAACCUUUGUCACAUUGGCUUAUAGAGGAGCACUUGUUCCGGUUAUUCUUCUCUGUCAAAUUCUCUUUCAAGUUAUGCAGAUGGCAAGCAAUUAUUGGAUGUCAUGGGCUACAGAAGAAAAGGGAAGAGUUGAUAAUGCGCAGCUUAUGGGAGUUUUUGCUCUUCUGUCCGGUGGAAGCUCUAUUUUCAUAUUGGGAAGGACUGUUUUAAUGGCGAAAAUCGCUGUGGAGACUGCUCAGCGCCUUUUUCAUGGAAUGAUCACAUCGGUUUUCAGGGCACCUGUUUCGUUUUUUGAUACCACACCUUCUAGCCGGAUACUGAGUAGGUCAUCUACGGAUCAAAGUACAGUAGAUACCGACAUACCCUACAGAUUAGCUGGACUUGUCUUUGCGCUUAUCCAGUUGUUGAGUAUCAUUGUCCUAAUGUCCCAAGCCGCAUGGCAAGUCAUUCUUCUCUUUUUCGUAGUUCUUGCUAUCUCCGUCUGGUAUCAGGCCUAUUACAUCACUACAGCUAGAGAAUUGGCCAGGAUGGUGGGAAUUCGAAAGGCGCCAAUCUUGCAUCACUUCUCAGAAUCAAUUUCUGGUGCUGCCACAAUCCGUUGUUUCAAUCAAGAGAAAAUAUUCUUGACCAAGGCUAUGGCUCUAAUCGACGAUUAUUCUCGGGUAGCUUUUCACAACUAUGCCACCAUGGAAUGGUUGUCUGUCAGAAUAAAUUUUCUCUUUAAUUUGGUCUUCUAUUUUGUUCUCAUCAUCUUGGUUAAUCUGCCGAGAUCUGCCAUCAGUCCCAGCAUGGCAGGUCUUGUAGCGACUUAUGGUUUGAACUUAAACGUGCUUCAAGCUUGGGUGAUAUGGAACCUAUGCAAUGUUGAGAACAAAAUGAUAUCCGUAGAGAGAAUAUUACAAUUCUCUGAUAUACCAAGUGAAGCGCCGUUAAUUAUUCAAGAUAAUAGGCCCGAGCCAGAGUGGCCUAAGGAAGGAAAAAUUGAAUUCCAUAACCUUCAUAUACAAUAUGAACCUGCUGCUCCUAUGGUUCUCAAAGGCGUCACUUGCGUCUUCCCUGGACAGAAGAAAAUCGGAAUAGUUGGCAGGACGGGAAGUGGAAAAUCUACUCUGGUGCAAGCCCUCUUUCGAGUUGUGGAGCCUUUGGAAGGAUGCAUACUUAUUGAUGGUGUAGAUAUUUCCAAGAUUGGUCUGCAAGAUUUAAGAUCUAAGCUUGGGAUUAUUCCUCAGGAUCCGACCUUGUUUUUAGGUACCGUAAGGACUAACUUGGAUCCCUUGGAACAGCAUACUGAUCAAGAGCUUUGGGAGGUUCUCAGAAAGUGCCAUCUUGCUGAAAUAGUACAGCAAGAUCCAAGACUUCUUGAUGCACCAGUUGCCGAGAACGGAGAAAAUUGGAGCGUUGGACAGAGACAACUAGUUUGCCUGGCUAGGCUGCUACUGAAGAAAAGAAAAAUCCUGGUCCUAGACGAAGCAACUGCAUCCAUCGACACUGCAACCGAUAAUUUAAUUCAGAAGACUAUAAGAGAAGAAACAAGUGGAUGCACAGUCCUUACAGUAGCACAUAGAAUCCCUACAGUCAUUGACACUGAUUUGGUUUUGGUCCUUAAUGAAGGGACAAUUGCGGAGUAUGAUAAACCAUCUCAAUUGCUACAAGACAGUUCUUCUUCGUUCUCGAAGCUGGUUUCAGAGUUUUUGAGGAGAUCGUCGCAAAGUAGUUGCUAA